CUCUUCUAUGAGGAUCGCGUGACAUGAUAAUAUUUUGUUCAGAUUUAUCGCAUAGGAAAUGGCUUAUCGUUGUCCGCGGAAUAAAAAGCAAUAAAAAAUGAAGAACCCGUAAGUGCAACAGGCUGACUGCGAAAAGCUUCUCAAUAAAUGUUGAUGACUGUUUUCAAGUCGACAUCAUGUCUUUUAUCCUCGAUUGUGGCAUUCUUGGUAUAAUUCAAAUACUGUCUAGUGCUUCUGUUAUCGCAAUAGGAAAACCGCCAGGAGGCCCUGGAAUACCGGAAUUAUUGAUUUUUCAAUGUGAGUAUCCAAUCUGGUACAGAUCUUUCAUCGACCGUUUAAUGCCCACUAUUGAUGACGAAACAAAAUAUGAACCGCAAGAAUUUUGCUCCACAAUCCAUUGGCCAGACAUGAAUAGCACACCUUGGAGCCAGAUGUCUCAAAGAGUCGACAUCCUUCAAUUAACUGGAAUUACCGGAUAUAACAAUCAGUUUGUUCUAAAUGACAUUGAAGUCGGCUUCCUCGGACGAAAUUUUACAAAUAUUAUUUAUCUUUCAAUAUAUAAUUUACCGUUGAAAGUAACCAAAAACAUGUUUGAAGGACUGAACAGAUUAAAAGUUUUGGAUUUUAUAGUAAAAGUUGACGUCUUUCCUGUGGAUACUUUUAGCGGAUUGUCCCAACUUGUCUAUUUCAGAUUCCAGGAUUCAUUGAUACAUGAGAUAUCCGUAGCUCAUUUCUGCAACAAUAGCCAACUCGCCUUCGUGCAGUUAAGGCGAAAUCUUCUUAAAACUGUCAAUGGAAAGCUUUUGCAAAGUUGCAGUCGCUCGACACUUAACUCGUUAGAUCUUGGUGGCAACAAUUUUUCCACUCUGACAGCUGGAAUGUUUAAGGAUUAUAAUGUAAAUGGAGUUUUGGAGAUUAGUAAUUGCUCAAUAAGUGGCAUUCAAAGUGACGUUUUCAUCGGGCUCGAAAAUCUGUUGGCUUUAGAUUUAUCUUAUAAUCUCAUUACUGAAAUCCCCAACGGAACGUUUUCUCGGAUGAAUAACUCUAUUCAGGGAAUAUUUAUGUCCAAUAAUUUUGUUUCCAUGAUAAAUAUUGAGGGAAUAUUUGGAGGCCUUGAAAAUAUUAUAAACCUUGAUUUUAGUUCAAAUCAAAUAAAUUCUACUGUCGGAAGUUUUGAAAUUCUUCCAAAUUUGUUCGAAAUAGACUUUCAAGUUGGCGAUGAUAUUGCUGAUGCCAUUCUCAAAGGCAUCAAAGAGAGCGCAGUGACCAUUAUAUUGCUAACAGAUUCAUUUCUUAAGAGUCGAUGGGGAAGAUUUGAGUUCAGACAAGCGCACCAUCACAUGAUGUUUAGCAGCCAUCAGAAACUUGUAAUUAUUAUCUUGGAAAAGAGCGUUCUUUCCCAAAAAUUGGAUCUCACCUUGAAGAGCAUUCUUUACACGAAAAAGUACCUUCAGUCUUGGGAUAAUUUGUUCAAGGAAAAACUGUUACAUUUAGUGGAUUCCGUAUCCGAACAUUCGGAAACACGGGAAGAUGACGCGUUGUUAAUAUCGUAG